CAGAGUUCCAAGAGCAACAAACAGAUAUGCAUAUAACAUCAUCAGGUACCAGCACAGGCUUGCCUGAUAGAUGUAGGGCUCUGGCAGAACAUUUGUGGAGAAAAAAAAAAGACUAUGCCUCAUCUUUGGGACAUGCCAAAGGGGAAGCACCAGAAUGAAAGACAUGGACAAUAUCAAAACUGUAAAGAAAGAAUGGGUGUGUAAAUCAGGGACUGAUGAUCAAAUUUUGAACGGUACAGAACAAAACUGUGACUACUUUGUAGAUAAUCUAUUUGAAGAGGCUCAGAAGGUUGGUGCUAUGUGUGUGCCCCCAACUACAGUCAAGAACCAGGUUGAUGUAAUCAUUAAACUUUGGAAAAAUGGGUUUACAGUAAAUGACGGUGAACUUCGGAGCUACACUGAUGUUGCAAACCAGCAGUUCUUGGAGUCCAUUAAAAAGGGGGAACUGCCUUUUGAGCUGCAGAAAGUUUUUGAUAAGGAAGAGGUAGAAGUGAAAGUGGAAGAUAAAAAAGAUAAGGUGUAUUUGUCAUCGAGAAAGCCAAUGUUUCAUCCCUUUUCUGGACAUGGCUAUAGAUUAGGAAGUGCUACUCCAAAGAUAAUCUCUAAAGUGGGAGAUGGUCAUCCAGGACCUGAUGACAAAAGGAACCUGCCUUUAGUACCCUUGAAUGAUUUGGAGCCUAUCACCAGUGUCCAAAUCUGGUUAGCUGAUGGGGAAAGGAUAAUUCAGAAAUUCAAUGUUUCUCAUAGAAUCAGCCAUGUCAGAGACUUCAUAACGAAGUAUCAAGGAUCUGAGGGAAGUGUUCCCUUCACUCUGACGACCUCCCUGCCUUUUCGAGAGCUGCAGGACGAGACGCUCACACUUGAGGAAGCAAAGUUGCAAAAUGCUGUUGUUGUUCAGAGACUUCGGAAAACAACUGAACCUUUCAGACUCUUAGUGAUAAAAGCGCCUGACAACGACUACAAAACUGCUGCUACACCUAAUGGACAACUCAAUAAUGAGCAGAAAAAUGCUAUCAAUAGUACAAGAUCAAAUUAGCUUUUAACUGACCAAAAAUUAUCUGCAGGGUGAACUAGGCGAAACCAAAAAUGUAACCAGCAAUAUGUGGAUGCCCUCUCAUCCUCAUGAACUGUGCUCUUAGAGAGCAGAAUGGGUGCUGUGCUGUCGUCUGCUAUAACAGAGGUAUUUUCAGCUACAUUGGGUGGUCAGAGCCUGGCUAUGUAAUGUAGCAGAGGAAACUACAGCAGAUCAUCCUUAGAAUUUCCUUAGGUAAAAAGCUUCUUAGUUAUUUAAUAAGUGGGUCUAGGUGGAACAGUUCUCUGAGACUUAACUACUGAUAGCACCUUUUAAGGAAAAAUAGUAUUUAUUUUUGCACUUUGGACUAAAGUGAAAUUUCACUUACAUUGUAGUGUAAACUGCUGCAGUUUGCAUUCUUCUCACAGUAACUCUUCAACAACCAAUACUGCAGGCAAGCUCACCUUUGAACUCUAACUUGAAAAUCUUUAGGAUAUAACUUUUAUCACAAGAUCUGCAGUGUAAUAAAGUUCUGUCAAGUCUUCACAUGGUGGUAGGUGCAUGUGUGAGAAGACAGAAAUGAGGUAGUCUGGUGCAUACUGCAUAUGAAGUGCCUCAAAGUAAGCUCUGAAGGAAUUGUUUUUAUCAAUGGUUGAAGUGCUUGCUGCUUCUUUUGGGCUGCUACGGGUAUCUUGCAGAUCAGGUGAUGUUAAACUACCUAGCUCAUUAGCAUAGGGACCCACUUGUAGCUUUGUCACACAAACUUUAGCUUUUUUGGCUAUCACCAAGCCGGAGUAGUAGUUUAGAGGGACACAGUUGUUCUUAUAUUUAUCUGCCUCUGUCCUGAACUGCCCAACUGAUGGAGGCACUAAUUGCAUGUGGUCAAGUUUCAAAGAUGUUGAAAAUCCUUACUUGAAAACUGAAGUUUUUUUCUCCACUUUGCAUCAUUUACAUCCAAAUAUUUUAUUUUGCUAUUCAUGUACUCAAGGCAUAAAGUUUGUAGCCAACUAUUCUGUGUUUUGCUAAAAGAGAAAACAACAUAAAGACUUAAUAUUUUGUACUGUGUUUACUAAGCAUGUGGGUUUGUGAAUGGAACUAAAAUCUCCAGGUAAGACAUAUCCCAGGAUCUUCAGCAAGUCCAGACUCCUCUGUGCUACCUGUGCCAAAGGAUGGUUGUUGGGGUUGUACUUCUUUUGUGUGGUUAAGUGAAAGAUGGGUUUGGGUUUUCCUGGUUUUGUUCUAAAUAGAAAAUUACUUCAUUGGAGCAACUUGUAUUCUAAAAAAUAGUGAGACUUCAGGCUAGGGAUGUACUCUCUUUCAUUCCCAGGGAUAUAAAACUGGUUUGCUUCAGCAUCUCUCAUGGUGUGUUUGAAAUGAAAGUCAACUGGGCAAAUAUCUAUUCAGUGUCCUCAGAAAACAAAUGUCUGGAAACUGCCUUUUAACGCCUUCCAGUGCUAUAAACUUCCUGUGCUACUGUGCCAUUCAGGUUUAUGUAGCAAGUGGUACAAUUAAAUUUUCUUUGCGCUUGCACUGACUUCUAUAUGAAAAACAAAAAUAAAUGUGCAGACAAAUCCAUUAGUAAUACUGAAGACAAAAACCACCUACAGACACAGCUCCAACCCUCAGUUCCCAGAGCUUCUGAACAGAGAAUUUUAUUCAUCAGUGCUUUCAAAUUUGUCUUAAUAUAAAACUUAGUAUUAGGAAAGCACAUGUGGUUGAUUGUGAGGUCAGCUGUUCUAUCUAAAAGGUGCAUGAAAUGUCAAGAGUAACAGUGUGCUACUCUCCAUGCAUUUGCAGCACAAAAAUUUGAAGAAAUAAAUAGUGUGAGAUUGAAGGGGGAAGUGUAAAAUUCUGAAGUGGGUAAAUGCAUUCUGCUUGCUAUUCUUUAGUAAGUAUUUUGUAUUUCAAUGUUGAUUCAUGUCUGCUACCAGCAUUUUAAGAGAUUGGACAGUUUGGUGCAUUACUAAAACCAACUGUCUGACUGCAGCUUUUGUGUACUUGAGUGUGCAUUUGCAGUUUGAAAGUGUCAUGAUCUUAAUUACAAAAUGAGAGAAAAUCUUUGAAAAGUCUGAAGUGAUGCUGCCUGUUGCCUUUUUAAAAAUGCACUUUCUAAUCUAGCACAGGAUUAAUGCAAACUGUGAUAGAAUAAUGUAUUUCCUAAUUUGGAGAAAGUCUUUGGAAUGAAGAGAAGACUUUCCUAAAU